AUUCAGUGCUCAAAAUAUAUAAUAUUGGACUUCCUUCUACGGCUGUGUCAUCGUUUGAUAAAAAUCAAACAUGACCCUUUUUUCCAAGGCAACUUUUCUUAAGAAUUGCAACUGGGUUUUGAAAAAAGAAAAAGAAAAGACAUAUAAAGUAAUUAACUUCAUUGCUGCAUAUAGUUUUAACAAGGAGAAGCUAUGAAAUAAAGAGAGCCUGCCUUAGAGGCAGUACUACUAUCAACAGGAGAUCAAGGUGGAUAUAUAUAUAGGGUGAUGGCAAGGAAGUUGUUAGAGCUUAAUGAGUCUCCAAGGACAAAGAAUCCUGCUCCAUUUUUACUCAAAACCUAUGAAUUUUUAGAGGAAUUAAGUGCAGGCUGCCGCGGUGGCUGCCUUGAGAAGAAAAUUGUCUCGUGGAACGCAGAGGGCACCGGAUUUGUGGUAUGGUCUCCGGCCGAGUUCUCGGAGCUCACCUUACCCAGAUACUUCAAGCACAACAAUUUCUCCAGCUUCAUUCGCCAGCUCAAUACCUAUGGAUUCAAGAAGACGUCGUCGAAGCGAUGGGAGUUCAAGCAUGAGAAGUUCCAGAAGGGAUGCAAGCAGUUACUAGGUGAAAUCACCAGGAAGAAACCGGAGCCGAGCGCGUUUCCAGCAUACCUAAAGGCUUCGGAGGAAAAGGAUAAUGCAGUGGAGGAAAACAAAAUUGAUCAUGUUGUACUAAUGGAAGAGAACAAGAAGCUAAGAAGAGAACAGCUAGAGCUGCACAUGCAGAUAGCUGAAUACAAAGCACUAGAAGUUAAGUUGUUGGAGUGCCUUGCCCAAUACAUGGGAAACCAUAACAAUAAAGUUAGGAGGCUAUUUUAGGUCCCCCGAAGCAAUUGAGAUGCAAUUGUUUGCCAUUUUAGUGGAUGUAAACCAGCCAAACCGGCUUUUUAAGUCCUAAAUUCUAAAUUCGAGCCCUAA